AUGGGUAAGAAGUUCCGCAAAGCUCUCCUCGCCUUCAUCGACGGCAUCCCGGACAAUAAGCUCGAGGGCGGUUUACCAUCUAUCCAGAAGACCAUCUACGAGGACGAAAACUACAGACUGGACAUGCAGAAUUUAACGACCGGUCCGCCCAAGUGCUAUAACAUCCAAGUUCAGGUAAACAGGCAUGCCCUGUUCACCUCGGCGCGUAAGGCAGGUCAGAAGGGAGCCACCGUAGGUAAAGUUUUAGUGCCCGUUGAAGAGCCGUGGACUGCGUGGGCGAUCAAAGAGACGCUCAAGCAGAGCUGCAUUGACUUUGGUGAUCAAUCGAAUCAAUUCUAG